AAGUCUCAUGAAAAUACAAAACGAAACAAAAGUGUCCCGAAGACUUUAGCUAAGCCAAAUAAACUUUGGGGGGGAAAUAAAAGUCCGUUUCCUAAAAUGUUACCCCGAAGACUGUAGAAACCAGAGGAGAAAUUAUAGAUAUUUACAAAAACUCAGUUAGAAUCAAAGCAUUAAUAGAAUUUUCGGAAGGAAUGUUAAAGGUCAUGCAUUCAACAAAUAUUUAUUGGUGGCUACUGUGUGUCGGGAGACAGAGGUGAAUAAGAUGCCAGGAGAUCACAGCGUGUUGGUGAAAUAAAACUAUGAUGAAAGGCUGUAGAACAAGCAUGGGAAAAACCCAGAGUGCAGAGUCAUCCUUGCUAAUAUUCAAACCGGUAGUCCGAUUGUGAUAUUUCUGAGAAGUUAUUGGUGGCUCUGAAAAACACUGGGGCAUUUGGAAAGUUCUUGGUAAAGCAACUGGAGAUAAAAUGCAAAUACCUUCAGUUGCGGAAAAGACUCCCUUAGAAUCAAUUUAGCUUCGGAAAUGUGGAGGCAUCAGCCACUUACGGGCCUCAAGGCUAACCUUCCCCGAGGAUGCAGGUUAAAUUCAUGAAUCGGAAGACGUACCAGGAGAAAUGGAUGCUAGAAGAAAACACUGGAAGGAGAAUAUGUUUGCUCCUUUUUUCAGUGCACAGGAUGUUCUAGAUGAGGAUUCUCAGCCUGAAUCGUCUUCUGAACAAAUGACUUUAGAUAAGGCCAAUAGAAUAGAAGGAAUUUAUAAUUUGUCUAGUAGAAAGUUUCAAGAAGAAAAUAAAUUUAAGAGGAAAGAAUUUAUUUCUCAACGAAAUGAAAAAGAACAAGAACCAAAUUUAAGAGGGAGAAAGGUAAACAUUUCAAAGAAUGAAGCAGACACAAAUUCCGUCUCCUGUGAAUCAUCUAAUUUGGAUGUUGUGACCGAAGAAAGGGUUAUUAGCAUGGAACAUCAUUCUACCUGGACUACAAAGGAAUUACCAACCCUCCCGUGGCACGACACGAAGAAGAAAUUUACCGAAGGAAUGUCUCCAAAACUUCGCCUGAAUCUUUUGAACGAAGAACUGGAAGAACUUAAUAUGAAAUGCAGAAAAAUAGAAGAGGAAUUUGAAAAUGCCGAAAAAGAACUCUUGAACUCCAAAAAAGAAGUCUGUGCAAAAUCCCUGAAUUUUCAGGACACAGGGACGGAAGCUUCAAAGAAAGACUGGGAGCUCCAGGCUUUAAGAAAUGACCUGUCUGAAAGAGCAACAAACGUCCAGAACUUAACUGAAGAGCUCCAGCAAGCCAAAGAAGUCAUCCACAGGCUGAGCCGAGAGAACAGAGAUUUAAAAGAAGCCAUCAGGAAACUAAAGCGUCAAACUGAGAUUGGAAACGCACUCCUGAAGGAAGAAAUGAAACUGUAUUAUGAAUUAGAGAUGGAAAAGAUCCGCGGGGAGCUGGAUGCCAUCAAGAACGAACUGAGAGCUGACAAGACCCUGCAAGCAAGAAAUAACAGGGCCCUGGAGUUGCUUAGGAAGCACUUUGCUUCCGUAACAUCAAGUACCCUUGACAGCUUGACGGAGGAGUUUUUUUAAAACUUGAAAAAAUAAAAAAAAAGCCUUUCACGAGGCAAAUCUUGGAGCCAAA